AUUAUUUCAUAAAUAAUAUUUAUAAUUAAUCAAAUUCACUUAAUUUAUAUGUCGGCCUAAAUUUAAAUUUAAUCAUUAUUAAUAUAUUUUAAAAUUAAACUAUUUUUUGUAUAUUAGUGAAAAUGAUUAAGAAUGGAUACCACCAAGAAUAAGCCGCUCUUAAAUAAAGAUAAAAAGGGACUCCACACUGGUAGUCUUAAAGAAGAGGAAAUUUUGGAAUCUUCAGAAAAACUUUCCGGCCUGAAUCAUGAAAGCAAGUCAAUGUUAUUUCUGCUAUGUUUGUCUACGUUCAAUGAUUUGCAAAACAGAUUCCUUGAAAAAUAUAAGGGAAUGUUAGAUUCCAAAAAGAUUAAAGGGACUGAUCCUACACCUCAAGAGCUCAAAUUAUACAAAAAAUUACUGAAAUCAAAGGACGCUUUUUUAAACACACCCUUGGAGGAGGAUGCUGGACCUAGUCAAACCUCAACACCGCCUUCUACAGAGCCAUCCACUCAAGAAACUUCGCUUUUGAGAACCCUGUGGAGAAGAUAUCGCAUAGAAUUUUACAUCAAGGCAAUGCUCAUAAUAUUCCUUCUAAAACUACCUUACUUCUGUUACAUCGUCACGACAGUAAUUUACAUUCUGUACUGCUUAGGCUUCUUUGAUUUGAUGGCACGUCUCUCUCAAACCUUGAGGAACAACCAGAAUGCACAAACUGUUGUUAGAUACUUUCUACAGUUCAUGGACAAUAUUCAGCCUCUUCUCGUAAUUCAACUGAAUCAAGAUAACGCUCAACAGCAACUAGGACAACAGGUUCCAGUUCAAGAUCAAACACAAUCACCUCAACCACAACCACAACCACAACCACAACCAGAUACUGUUACAAAUAUUCCAACGCCGCCAACCCCUGAACGAGGCCAAGCUGUUCCCCCUAGAAGCAGUACUGCACCAAUUAUUUCAGAUCAAGAGGAGACUCCACGUACUGUCCGCCAGAGACCAGCGACUUCAAGAGUUCAAUUCCCCUUCCUUCAAGACCGAUUAUUACGAGCAAGAGCUCCAAACGAAACCUCGGAUCAGACCCCAACACGCGGCAGUAGCAGGUCAUUAAGAGAUAGGAUCGAUUUGUUCCGUCGGGGUCACCAACUAUCUCAAAGAAAUCAGCCAGUUUCACAACCAGGUGAAUGUGAAAACACUAGAGAGAAGCCAACUUACUUUGAGAAGUUUGUGUACCAAGUUUUCUUUUCCUUCAUCCUAAGUCUCUUGCCCUGGUGGGAACCAAAUCCAAUAUAUCUAGAGGAGUAAACUAAUGCUAACAAAAUUAAAACUAAUCCGUGUAUUUUAAAUAAAAGAUAUUAUUUGGUUUCGAGAACCUCCUCAGCUGACUUUCUUUGGAAGUCAAUUAGCCUAUUACAUUUUAAAUUUUAACAACUCACUCUCUGAUUGCAUUACAGUUCUUCAUCUUGUAAUUUUCUAUUUGCUCAACAA